GCUGACGGUUCUUUAGCUAGCUCGUUUAAACAUAUUUAUUUACAAAUGUUAUGUACGUGAACAAGUGUGCACUUUAUAUUAUACGGAACUCCUCGUCUCUUUAGUUUCUGUCGGACACAUGUGGCGUGAAACCAAAAGCUGUUUAGAUUUGACAAAAGUUGAUGAAUUUGACAUUUUAGCUGAGGUAGUUUAGCUAACAGGUUACCAAGGCAACGUUAACCAACAGUUAGCUAGCUGUUAGCUUAGUUCAGGGACAGUGGUUAUUUUCUUUUCUUAAAGUAGGUGUUUCUUUACAGAAGCUAGAUUGUUUGCGGAUUUCUUACACGCCGAAUCAAAGUACACUGUUAUAAUGUUUAUAUAAUUUGAAGUAUUGUUUAGUAGCUUCAUAUAUUAUUGAGCUGAUAAGUGCAACAUCAGUGAACGGCUAGCUUUAUUAAUGGAGUUCGUUUAUUGCUUCAGUCUCUCUGCUUUUCGGCAGAUUUACUGGAAGCUACAACAAGCAUCCGAAAUGAUGUUUUCUGUAUCAGAAACAAUUUCAUACUAACGACACAGACUUUUGCAUCGUUAUUGACGAUAUGCAUGUACGUGUUUUAAAGUCAGAAGGCACAUUUAAUAGAAACCCUCCUGCACAACAACAUCUGAUGAAUUGCUAUAUUUGGCCUGAUUUAUCAAAUAAUAAUAAAAUCACAACACGUCCUUCUGACGAAUUAAACCAGUUUAUAGUAUAAUGGAAAACAACCAUUUACUAGACACUCAUUUUGCUGACAAGUGCAUCAUGUUGUCUGAACACAAACAGCUGCUAAAUAACUUUGCUUAAAUUAAUACAAUUUAAAUAAAGAUUUGAUUUAACAAUACCUGAAUCUGUCAGUACUGCACAGUUUUCCUGACACAUUUCAGUCAGCACUGGUUCAACACUUGGGUUGUUGCAGUGAGAACAUGGAGCAGUACAAUAUUCUGGGUCGGAUCGGAGAAGGAGCUCACGGCAUCGUCUUCAAGGCCAAACACAUCGAGACAGGAGAGACGGUGGCUCUGAAGAAAGUGGCUCUGAGGCGGCUGGAGGACGGCAUCCCCAACCAGGCUCUGAGGGAGAUCAAGGCCCUGCAGGAGAUCGAGGACAACCAGCAUGUGGUGAAGCUGAAGGACGUCUUCCCUCAUGGUACGGGCUUCGUCCUGGUGUUUGACUUCAUGCUCUCCGACCUCUCCGAGGUGAUCAGGAACUCUCAGCGACCUUUGACCCCGGCUCAGGUCAAAGGUUACAUGAUGAUGCUGCUGAAGGGCGUGGCCUUCCUGCAUCACAACAACAUCAUGCACCGGGACCUCAAGCCAGCGAACCUUCUCAUCAGCUCUUCAGGUCAUCUGAAGAUCGCAGACUUUGGUUUGGCAAGAUUGUUCAGUGAGGAGGGAGAGAGACUGUACAGCCACCAGGUGGCUACCAGAUGGUACAGAGCUCCAGAGCUGCUGUACGGAGCCAGAAAGUACGACGAGGGAGUCGAUCUGUGGGCGGUGGGCUGUAUUUUCGGGGAGCUGCUGAACUCGUCUCCUCUGUUUCCGGGAGAGAACGACAUCGAGCAGCUCUGUUGUGUCCUCAGAGUGCUGGGGACUCCAACUCAGGACAGCUGGCCUGAGAUCGUGGAGUUGCCAGAUUACAAUAUCACCUUCAAGGAGAAUCCAGCGAUCCCAUUGGGGGAGAUCGUCCCCGACACGUCCCCCUCAGGCCGUGACCUGCUCUACAAGUUCCUGGUUUAUCCGUCCAAACAGCGCUGCUCCGCCAGACAGGCUCUCCUCCAUCCCUACUUCUUCUCCUCUCCACUUCCUGCUCACCACUCAGAGCUGCCCACCCCUCAGAGAGGGGCCGACCCCCCCGCCAGCGCCUGCAGGCUCCGCCCGCUGACUUCUCAGUGGACCUGCCCCUGCAGAACAGCGUGGUAG